AUGUCCGGAAAACACGAUCCUAGCGAUUACGUGGUCACAAAGACUCCGUAUAAGGGCGUUUUAUCGGAGCUGCGCACGCGGCAAGCUCCGCAUCUGCCAAUUCCGACGUUGAAAGAGGUGUUGGAGUGGACCGUGAAGACCAACGAGUCCCGUCUAGAGCCGAUCAAACUGAUGCUGGAUAUCAAGGCCGACAACGAUCCAAAGCGCAUCGUGGACCUGGUUUUGCAAAACCUGGAGGCCGUCGGUGGCAUUGAGUACUGGAAGGGCAAGAUCAUCUACGGUCUGUGGGGCGCGGCCUACUACGACGAGAGAAUAGCCCAGUUUGAAGUUCUCAAUAUUUCUGUGGACGUGCUCACCAGUAAAAAAGUUGCGAGCCAGAUCAGGGCGAAGGGGGGCAGAUUAGACUGUGUGUCUGUGAUCGUUGUUGCCAACGGUUUGGCGUACAUGGUUGACGAGAUCCUUGAGUUCUGCGAGAGGGAGAAAGUGCGACUAUGGUUCUGGACUGUCAACAGCAAAGAGGACCUAGAGUUGGCCAUCUCCAAAUACGGACCUCGCAAGAUAGACGGACAGCCGUUGCUGGAGGGUGUUGUCACAGACGACCCGGCAACGCUUCUCUCCCCAGCCAAGCCUGCCUUGACAAUUGGCUACAAAGUGCGCCUCUUCCUCAAAACUCGAGUCUAUCUUUUCAUUUUAUUUCUCUACCGCAGAAACAUUGGCCUGCGUCCUCUUCUUACUGUUCUUAGGAAAAUGGGAUUUUUAUAA